CAGCCGUCAUAAAUUCCUUGUCAACAAAAAUGGCGAGGGAAGCCGUCACCCUGCCAGCACCGCGACCGUUGAAAGAAUAUUGUGGAAUUACCGCUUCUGUCACACAGAAAUGCUUCUGUUUUUGAGAUGAACUUAGUAUGUAGAUGUGAAAAGGCGGUAAAUGUUAACUUGUUUUAACGAUGGCAAGCAGAAAUGCCGACUUAUAUCGUUGGAAAAGGUGGUCCACAAAAGACACGCCGGGUGGCAGCACGAAUUCGAAUGCAAAAAAGAAGACGCAAGCCCCAGCAGCUGAUGACAUUCAAGAAUGGAUCAAGAAAGUGGAGAAAGCAUCAGACAGAGCAGCUGCAAUGACCUUUGGCCCCAGCAACAGUUCCCAUGGCGAUAGCCAUUUUGCACCCAAUAGGUACGGCACAGCGGCUGCAACCCUUGAGGCCCUGCACGAUCACGAUGAAGCAUAUUCAGAAGCGCAAGACCUACUCAGUCAGUGGAUGGCACAGAAAUGCGGCCUGGACGGUGAGGAUGACGAUCUGAAGUAUUUUGUAGACGACGAGGACGUGAGCGACUACACGGCCUCCAAGCAGGCCGCCAAGUCGGACCUGAAGGACCAGUGGAACAACCUCCUGGCAGAGAACGAUCCCGUAGCCGCGGACCCGUACAACAAGAUGUCGUCAGAAGAACUCUUUCACCAGAUAGAGACCCGGGACGAUGACCAGUACGUCCAGAGCAUCCUUGGUGAACUGAUGAAGAAAGAUGUCGUGGAGAGCAGCUUCAAGAGAGAUCUUGGCAUAGGAGCAGAGAGCAAGAAGAAGCAUGACCCUAGGACCACAAUGGCUGCAAGACAGCAGAAGGUGAAGGAGAACAGAGAGAAGAGGCAGCAGGUGAGAGAGGCGCAGCUGCGGCAGCAGCAGCAGCACAAGGCGGCGCAGUCCCAGGCCCGCCAGAUGGUGAUGAAGGAGGAGCGCAGCAAGGCGCUGCAGAGGCAGCGGGAGGAGGCGCUGUUGCAGCAGGAGAUGGCCCGGCUGAGGAAGGAGAUGCAGGACCAGCGAAGGCUGGAGGAGGACGCCAGGCAGAGGAAGAAAGACGAAGAAGCCAGUAAAAUGAAGGAGCUGAGGCAAGAGGAGGCAAGGAGACGGCAGGAGGAACUGCAAACGCGACUUAACGCAGAGUCCCUGAUUGAGGAGGAGAAGAGAAAAAUGGAACAGAAGCUUGAGAAUGCAAGGGCAAUGAAGGCAGCCCAGGACCUGAAGAGCUUGCAGCAGCAUUUCCACGCCUGGUACGAGCUUGUCUUGACCAAGCAACUAGCCCUGGGCAAGGCUCGGGCGUUGUCCGACUGGCGGACUCUCCUCAGGGCUUGGAACGCCUGGCGAGCCUACGCCAGAGCCAGCCGAGCUGAGCGGGAAACCAGGGAGAUCGAGGAAAGCUUCAAGGAUCUCCAUAG